CUGAGGAUGAUGCAGGAAACAGCAGCUCCUCUGAGGACGAAGACAACGAAGAAUGUCUAGGUCAAGGCUUCGUGCAAGUCUCCGAAGCAGCUGCUCGAAAAGGAAAAGGAAAUAGCCUGGUGGCUCAGAGCGCUUCAACGAGUGGAGAAACCUCGGCUUCAUCAAGUAAUGCGCUGCUACUGAGAAAACAGAAAAAGCUCAGGCGCCAGCUAUUCGAAAGUUACAUGAUGAAAAGUGAUGAUGCGAAUACUUCUUCGUCAGCGUCUCCACUCUUCUACAUCGAUACAGUCGAUGGAUUCCAGGGUAAUGAGCGUGAGGUAGUGCUGCUCGCGCUCACGCGGACUGAAGAUGCGGGUUUUCUUCGUGAUUCACGUCGUGUCAACGUGGCGUUGACACGGGCACGACGUGGAUUGAUCGUCUUUGGGUCUUCAAAACUUCUACGAGGUGAAAACUUGCAAGGUGCCGCCGCAAAGAGCAGGAUACGCAUGUGGACAGAGUGGCUAUCUUUUAUCAACGCUAAUGGAGCAGUGUACUCGAUCAACGAAGCUGAGCAGAUGGCCUAUGCCGCGCGUGUACUCAAUCUGCACGAAUCUACACAACAGGAGUUCGAUCAUAAUCCCAGUCAAAAUCAAAGAGCAUCGAAAAAUUUGAAGCUUGAAAUGGAGAAGGAACGUACUAACGCCGUGCUGCUGGUUCAGGAAAUUCAGCAGCGGCACGAGUCGAGCAGAGUACAACCUACUGCUUUCGAAAACGUCCACGAUCCUACUAUGGAUGGCGGGCGAGAACGUGCUCGUGUGUUGGGUGAUGUCGUCUCGCCGAUGACAGGUGCUCAACUUCGACCCCUGACAAGAGCCGAAUGGCGUGAAGUCAAGGUUUUUUUAGUCGACAGUGGCAAUGUAUUGCAUUUUGGAGUCAACAAUGACCUCAGUCCGCGGACUCCGACGCCGUCCUCGUCAGCUGGCGCAAAGGACCUCUCACCAGAAUUUCUGGACAUGUUGGAUUUUGCUAUACGUCAAAAGAACCCAGACCCGAACGUUAUCAUCACCAUGCCCAUCGUCCCGAAGAAGUAUAACCGCAUUAUACACGCUUGCAGUGAACAAAUAAAAAGCAGAUGGAAGAUGCUAUCUUUGUUAUGGCUUGGCGAUACCAAAACCAAUCUCUAAUAUCAAGGUAGUCGUGUUCAUCAGUGUCAGUGAAUUUUCGUAUCUCAUCAAUUACAGGUAUAAUUUUUAAUUCAAAGAAGCUAUCCCUGGCCUCCUUGUGUCUCUGUGUUUUUUCUACUUUGUUCUGCUACUCUCUGCCCCUCCCCCCUGUUUUUUCUGAUAGUACAUGAUGGCUGCAUGCGGAUCAGGUACUCUAAUGUUAGAAGACCUUCACUUCUUCCAGCACUGUUCUCUUUGCUACAAGGCUUUUUAAUUCAAAGAAGUGCGAACGAGCUAGUUCAGAACUUUACGAAUCUAUGAAUCAUGCAAGUGAAGACCCCUACCUCCCCUAGUAUAAUCUUCUAAUCCUUGACACAGACAUUGACAAGGCUUUGCUUGAGCUGGCUUCGAGCCAUCUGCGAAAGAAACCUGCAAGAGAGAUAUGUAUUAUCUCGAACGACAAGUUCCUCCAAGAGGCGACGGACAGUGCUUUUAGGCACUUGCCUCUGGCCGAACUCCGAGUCGGGUAUCAGGUGGAUGAAGCGAGCGGAGCGUUAUUGCUGGCAGACAAGAAAACGCUAGACACACCUGAUGGAGGCAGUCGACGUGGUGCAGGGUUGAUCGAGUAUGGCUUUGGAAUUUGUUCGAGUCUUGUAUUGCUAACUAGAAGAUAGGUUUUCGUGGAAAGUAAAUCUAGAUUUCUGAUUUUUUGAUGUAGAUGUUCAUAAUUGAUAAAAAUGCAGUCGGCGUCGAUGUCGAAAAAACUCUUCACUUCUAAUCUCAAGACGGACAGCGACUCCUCAAACGUGCUCUACGUGACUACGAAACCUAUACCACGCAUCAGCAGGAGCUUCAACAUAACGGAGGGUCUUUCGAAGCAAGAGGAAUCCACAAUCUCACGGCACACCUAACUAAGCAUGCUGUUUUGCUUGAGGGUAGCGGGAUGGAGUUGAUUCCGAAGUACUCUGUCAUUGUGGACAUACGCGAGGUCAAUAGGAGUAGAGGGAACUACAAGUCGGUUAUCUAUGUGGGGAAAAUUCUUGGUGCUGGUGGAGACGAAGAAGUUGAGUAUAGUGCAGACGACGUCUUUUCCCGGUCCGAGCUCGAAGCCCUGUGGGCGACUGGCGGAGAGGAAAUGGAAAUCUAGUGGACCCGGAAUAACGUCGCACUCCAGUAGUAUCGUUUUUGUUUUAUACAUGAUUUUUGGCACUUUUUUCACGUAUUAGUACAAGGAGGUCCUCGUGAAGUACAUCGAGAUCAAGGAAGGCAUGUAGUUGGUAGUGAACAAAACAUUCGGAGCAAGCAGUAGAAAGUAGUAAGUGGGACGACUGUCCUAUGGAAGAUUAUAUCACCCUUCGUUUUGUAGUUUUGUUCAAUUCGUCACGUCGUUGUCUUGCGGUUGUAGUCAGUAUUUGGUUUAACUCGCUGAGCGAAUUACACUUGCCGUCACCAGUACUAAACUAGUAGCAGUAAUAAUGUGUACUAAAGAUGAAUUUGUCACGCGGUCACACCCGCUCGGUCCAUGCCGAGCGUCAUUUGCGGCAGUAGAAUGAACGCCUCCCAGACUCUCUUCAUCACCCUUCUGCUUGUUUGCUUCUCACGUAGUUGUGACAGUGGUAGUUGAUGAAGACCUUUUUUGCUUUUUGUGUGUUUGGGUACCUACUGAGUCUUUCUCGUCGAGAGGGAACAACGGCAAGCAGUAUGCCAUGACGAUGCCAGAGCCGCUCGACGCGGAGGACGCUGACCAUUGCUGUUCGCGCGAAAGCUUAUUUGAAGGAGCGAUCAGAAGGAACAUGAAG